AGUUUGAUUCCAUCCGCCCUCACUCGCAACCAUGGCCCCCAAGAAGAAGGUAGAAGAAGUGAAGAAGGUCAAAUUCGGUCGACCAGGCAACACUCUUCGCAUGGGUCUCGUCGGGCUUCCUAAUGUUGGCAAGUCCACCACCUUCAACGUCCUCACCAAGUGUUCGAUCCCUGCUGAGAAUUUCCCCUUCUGUACGAUCGACCCACACGAAGCUGUUGUUAAUGUUCCUGAUGCAAGGAUGGACUGGUUGUCGGCUACUUUCAAGCCCAAGAACACCAUUGCUGCGGUCUUGCGAAUCUGGGACAUCGCUGGUCUAGUGCCCAAUGCUCACGAGGGAGAGGGUCUCGGAAAUGCCUUCUUGUCGAAUAUCCAGUCGGUCGAUGGUAUCUACCACGUAUGCAGAGCUUUCACUGAUGAAGACAUCGUGCAUACCGAGGGAGAGGUCAACCCCGUUCGGGAUCUACAGAUCAUCCAGUCGGAGCUUAUCUUCAAGGAUCUUGCCCAGGCUACUAAUCGCGCUGCGGAGUAUGCCAAGAAGGCUGAGCAGAAUAAGAAAAUGAAGGAGCUUAAGGAAGAGUAUGACGCGCUCGUUAAGUGUCAGAAGGUCUUGGAAAGUGGCAAGCCUCUUAGACUCUGUGAUGAUUGGACUUCCAAGGAGGUUGAGAUUAUCAACAAGUAUCAGUUCUUGACCACUAAACCCACUGUUUACCUCGUUAACAUGAGCGAGAGGGACUUCGUCCGUCAGAAGAACAAGUGGUUGCCUAAGAUCAAAGAGUGGGUCGACACCAACGGCGGUGGCCCUAUCAUUCCCUACUCUGCUGCCUUCGAGAUGGAGUACCAAGAAUGCGGUGAUUCGGAGGAAGACAAGAAGGCUUAUCUCGAAAAGACCGGUGCGAAGAAGUCCAUGAUUGAUAAGAUCAUCAAGACUGGUUACGACUACUUGGAUCUUAUCCACUUCUUCACUUGCGGUCCUGAUGAGGUCCGAUGUUGGACAAUCCAGAAGGGCACCAAGGCCCCUCAGGCUGCUGGUGUCAUUCACACUGAUAUGGAGCGUGGAUUCAUCUGUGCUGAGACUUACCGAUACGAGGACAUUCGGGAACUCGGCGAUGAGAGUGCUGUUAAAGCAGCGGGAAAGUUGCACCAGAACGGCAAGAAUUACGAGGUCCUAGAUGGCGAUAUCUGUUUCUUCAAGUUCAACGUCAGCAAGGGGAAGUAAAUGGUUGUCGAGUCGUGUCGGCAUCGAACUGUCUCCGCGAGUUUCUCGUUGUUCCCUACGGCUAACCAUACUUGGUUUGCGGAAGCAG